UCGAUGAAUUUUGAGGUUCAUGUCUGUGGUUGCAAAAUAUGUUCCUGCAGUCCCUGAAUGAGGUGCUAGAGGGCACCAAUGCCCCAGUGGAGAUGAUCGAUGGCUACAUCGGCAGCAUCUCUGUUGCAGUGCCCUGGUCGGCCCUCCUCAAUGACAACUGUACCAUGGAGAUCAAGGGCCUGGAAGUGACUCUGCAACCCAAAUAUCGGCCUGAGAACAGUAACAGUAUGCCAGGGAGCAUGAUGAACUCCAUCUGGCAGGGCAGCAUGACGACCAGCAUGCAGCUGGCUCAGGAGUGUCUGAAACAGGAGGCCGCGGCGGGGGAUGAGCAGGAGGUCCAGCCGUUCGAGGGGCUCGAGCUCUUCGCACAGACCAUAGAGACAGUUCUGACCAGAAUAAAAGUCACAUUCGUGGACACAAUAGUGAGGAUUGAACACGUGCCUAAAGACUCCAAGACUGGAACUGCUCUGGAAAUCCACAUCAAAAGAAUUGAGUACUUUGAUGAGUGUGCAGCUGACCAGGGCAGUCCUGUAGACAGAGAUGAGCCUAAGCUGAUGCAGCCUGCGGCUGUGGCCACCAAAGUGUUCCACAUGAUGGGAGUCACCCUCCACUCAGACGAGUUCCCAGAGAGCGCCAGGACCAGUGCAAGAUGUUCACCUAACAUGUCUCCUCAGUCGUCAGAUUCCAACCUGUCCCCCCCGCUGACCCCCAAGAUGCCGUCCCCCCUGGAGGGGAGGGGGGCGGAGUCUGACCCCCACCCACAGGUCCCCUCCAACCCCAUCAAGCUGGGCGUCUGCUCCGGCAUGCAGGAGGUCAAGGUCAAGGUCAAACAGAGCGAAAGCAUCUCGGGACCAAAGUUUGACCUGGAGUGCUACCUGGGGUCGUUGAACUUCUUCCUGAGCCCCAGGCAGGUUCACCUGCUGAUGGAGAUGGCCAAUGAGAUCCUCACACCAGCCUCAACCAGUAUGAGUCCAGAGAGUCAUCUGAACAAGCCCAUCCGCCCGGAGGACUACCAGAAGAUCGAGAGUGAACUCCAGCGUCAGUUGUACGAAGACCGGCAGCCCAAACAGCCGGUGGCGACCGGUUGGGAGGACCACAUCGGUGACUACCACCUGGCCAUGGGCAGGCAUGCCAUGGAGGGCUCACACAAGAAAGGACUAGAUGAUGAUGAUGAUGAUGUGUACUACUCCAUGGCAGCAGGACUGAACGUACAGCUGCCUCCCCUGGGCCAGCCCCCGGAGGUGGACCUGGAGACGUCCUUCGGGAGUAACUACAGCGCCAGCAGCAGUGACUCAGCCAGACACAGGCUACCCAGAAACAACAGUGCCCACAAGUUUGGGUACAGCAGCUAUGCUGGUGGAGGCUCCUCCCCUUUCACAGCCACCCUGCCUAAGGGGGUCGCUGCCAAUCAGAAACCCUCUAGCAGAAAAAGAACACCUUCAGGUCAGGAGUUGUUGGAAGAGGAGGCCAAGGCAGAGCGGACCCACUACAGACUCAAACUCAGCUGCCUGUCAAUCACUCUCCUGCACAACGACCCCGUAGCCACGCCCACCAGCAGGAGCGACAAGCCUGAGUCCAGUAACCUACUACUGGACAUGGCGGAGAAAUACUUUGCGGACGUGAUGGGGUACAGUACCUCCGCGUUUGGCUGGAAGGACCUGGCUGCCAUGAAGGACAGAAUAGCCAAGGCUUGCCAAUACGACCAUCUACAAUGUGUGGCUGCCCCUGUGAUGCUGGAGUGUGACCAGAAGUCUAACACCAGCGCUCACCACCACUUCCAGCGGACCGUGGCUGACGUCAGCGUGGGUCUGCUGGACCUGGUGGAGUGUCUGUACGACAGGGACUCGCGAUCCGACAUGACUUCCGACCCCGCAGAACCCACAUACACAGAGCUGCUGUCCUUCCCUGACCUUCAGCAGCAGGAGACCACCAAGUCCAUGUUCGCUGCCCUCCCCACCACCAGCCCCUGUCUCAAGGUCAAGUUCAAGAAUGUAGAUAAAGGUGGAAAGGGUGUGUACACAAAGCCCCCCAUCCCGGAGGUGACAGUAGAGGUGGGGACGUGUGAGUGUGAGGUGGACAUCAGUAUCGUGGACAGACUCAACGCCCUGCUCAACCCACAGCCCCUGGCACAGAUGAGCAGCUCCUCCGGAAUGUUCAGUUCCAUCCAGCCCACAGCUAGUAUGACGAGACAAGCCUUGUUCAGCCAAGCCUUAGAUGAGACCCCCACUGCGUGUGAAAACCCCAUCAGUCUGCACAUAUUAUCCCCAGCUGCCAAGUUCCAUGUCAGAUUCCCCAUCCCGGACCUGAGACCACCCAACCUGGACCAUCUGCCCUGGUGGAAAAAACACGUCAGGAAAGAGGUUCUGGUCCUGGAUGUGACAGACUUUGACUUCCAGACAACCCUGGGGAUGGGGGACAUCUCACAGUACGAGCUCAAGUUCCGAGAAGUCCACGGACUUUACCAACUGGACCCAUCAGAAGAAGCGGUGUCGUUUUGUCGGAUCUCCCACGGCCAGUCAGAGGGAGACAUUGACGCUCCUGUCAGCAGUGGAUUUGAUUGGCCAAGGAUUGUUGUGACUGUGAAGCCGUACAACGCAGGGUCAGUUCUGGAGGAGGAGGAGGUGGAGUCGGAACCCAGCACACCAAACCACUCUCUGGAGGAGACUCUUACGGGCAAGCAGGAGCCCUCUGUCUUCUCCAACAAGAAAGUCAUGUUUGAAAACGAGGAGAUGAUCAUGCCGGGUGACCAGGCGGAGUUGUCAGACUUCCAGGAGACGACCAUCGCCACAGCUAGAAUAUGUCUGGAGUUCUCCUUCCCUAACGUCAACCUGGUGUUACCGGACAAAGCCUUUUAUGAGAACCUGUACAAUAGAAUAAACAAUGACCUGUGUCUGUGGGCGCCGGCCGCCCCGUCACCGGUAAACCCGAGUGACCAGUACAGCCUGCAGGGUCAGGUGGGGCUGGACCUGGCCAGUCAGUUCAUGCAGGGGGCAGGCAAGGACAGGUUCAUCAUGUGCAAGUCUGCCCUGCAGUAUGAUUCUGACUCAGAUGAUGAUGAUGAGUUUGACAGCGGUCCGUUUGACAGUGGACCCUUCUACUCCACAUCUGAGAUCAAACAGAGACAGCACAGGAAACAGAAGCAGGAGCAGUACAGACAGAGGAGGGCCCAGAGCUUUGUGGCUGUCUCCGUCAACAUCGGGCAUGGCAAACUGGCCUUGGGCACAAGAAUCAAGGAUGAGGAAGGCAAUUCAUCUGAAGACAGACAGGGGGAGCUGCUGCUGGAGGUGAGGGAUGGGACCAUCUUUGUGGUGGUGAACUAUCAAGGGAACCCUAACCUGGGUUAUCUGUUUGUACAUACCAACAAGGCAGGGGUUUUCCAUAGAGGUCAGGUGGAUGGCCACAGCUGGGAGGACAUAGUGGGCAGGGCCACACCAGACUGCCCUGACCAGCUGGACCCCCUGAUCUACCGGUCAGACAGCGGUGUGUACACCAGCCUGGCCGGACUGGUGGGGACAGGAGGGGACAGCCUCAACAUGCUGUCUGUGGGAGUCAGGAUCACACUGGACACAGAAAAGGCAGAAACUGUUAAGGAGUUCUUAGUUGCUGUUGCUGUAAGAGGAGGAACGCUAAGACACAAGGUGUUUCUACAAGGACAGCACUGGUUUACACAGAUACUAGACUUCCUGGAUGUAGUAGAUUACCCAAUCUUGGGUUACACAUUACCACACAUCCUGACAGAGCUACACAUCCACCUGCUGGGCUGUGCUAUAGACUACAGACCUGUACACCUGCCAAUGAGAGCCAUGCUGACUAUGGAGAAACUCAGCAUAUCCAGCAAUAUUGUUGUAGAUUCUGCUAUUUCUGUAUUAAGAUUUAUUGUGGAUGACUCAGCAUUGUACCUGUCUGCUAACGUGAGGGACCAAGGACCAGUGGACCUUAAGAGAAACUAUGUUUGUGUGAUGGACAUGGGACUGUUUGAACUCAAGCUCACCUUAAAUGAAGGCAGUGACACAAAACAGCCCAGAUUUGACCUGAAGGCGUCCAACAACAUGCUGCAUAUCCGGACGUGUAGUGACUCUCUGGCUGCCCUGAUGGCCCUGCUGCAGUACUUAGCCGAGGAUGGAGACCUCAGGGUGGAGGAGAUGGAGUCUAGUGAGGAAAUCAGAAGAAAGAGACAGCCCUCCCAGCCCAGACCUCGCUCAGACAGUCCCAUCCCCCAGGUGAUGGACCAUGUACAGGACCAGAUGGCAGAGGCCAUGAUGGACGUGUGGGACGUCAAUGGUGAAGCUGGUCUGGACCCCAGCCUGCAGUCCAGUCCUCUGUCUGCACCACAGGACAGAACUCUUUCCUCCUCCCUCCAUGCCUCUUCUGCCGCUGUGCCAUAUCAGACCACUCCGGCCCAGUCUACAGGUGCCGGCAGUGAGCCCUCUAGCCUGACCCAGUCCCCACCCUCCAUCAUGUUCUUGUUCCCAGAUGAGAACGGCCAGACCUGCGCCCCCCUCCCCACCUCAUCUGUGGCGGCCGAGGACGACUCUGGCAGUGCCGCUGACAGUGGGGAUGACUGGAGCGAUGACAGGGACGAGGAUUUCUGUAUCAUCGACGACCCUGGACUUGGCAUCAUGCCGAGACACGGUGAGCCUGAGGUCCGUGUGCUGACAGAAGACCCCGUCAGGGUGGAGGAGAACCACUUCAGCCAGCCCCUGGGCAAGUCUGACCUGCUGAAGGCCCCCGAACACUUCCCCCCCGCCGUGCUGAGGUACACCCUCAGGGAGAUGUCUGUAGUCUGGCACAUGUACGGGGGAUCUGACUUUGGCAAGACACAGGAGAGAAUGGCUGCUAAAGGGAGUCGCUCCAGCAGUGCCAACCCCAGCCCAACACAUGGCAUCAUGCAGUAUGUGCGGAGUCCUCAGCACUCUCCGGCCAAGGCAGGUUCCCAGAGAGACACCAGCUACAGCAGACAUGGGCGGCUGGGCUGGCAGGCCAGGGGGGGACCAGGCAGGGACACAGACGUACAUGUGGAGCUGCAGAUGAACAAGGUGCGGUUACAACACGAGGUGUUCCCGGAGGACACGGAGCAGGCGUCUAGACAGGUGCUGAUCAUCACGGAGCUGGAGAUCCGAGACAGGCUGGCCUCCUCACAGAUCAACAAGUUCCUGUAUCAGUACACGUCCGAGGCACGGCCGAAACAGGCUCACGCCAACAUGGUGAUGAUCAAGGCCCUACACAUCCGCCCUGACCCCCAACUAAAGGCCCAGGAGUGCUGCCUCAGGGUGUCACUACUGCCGCUCAGACUCAACAUAGAUCAGGAUGCCAUCAACUUCCUGAGAGACUUCUUCUCAGAGCUUGCUGAUGAAACCAGUACCUGCCCUGAUGCAGUAGACAGCAGUGUGAGUCCCCUGCAGACCUCCCCUCCCAGUCCUGUGAUGUUGGUAGGGUCCCCCCCGCUGGGUGACAUGUCAGGGGAGGAGCCUGUCAUCAGGGGAGCAGAGGGUACAGACUCCAGCAUGAGCUCAUCCAGGGGCAGUGGGCUGUCAGAAUCCAGUCCUGCUGGUCCUAUCUUCUUCAGGGAGUUCACCUUCUCUCCUGAGGUGCCCAUCAGACUAGACUACCACGGGAAGAGGGUGGACAUGGAACAGGGUGCAUUUGCAGGUUUGCUGCUAGGACUCAGUCAACUCAACAACUCUGAGUUGAAGCUGAGAAGACUCAACUACAGACACGGGCUACUGGGGUAUGACAAGAUGGUGGCCUACGCCGUGACAGAGUGGGGGGAGGACAUCAGGAAAAACCAACUGCCUGGGAUCCUGGGGGGAGUAGGGCCGAUGCAUUCUCUUGUACAAAUUGUCCAAGGUAUAGUGGACCUGGUGUGGCUGCCUAUUGAACAGUACCGUAAAGAUGGUCGCAUCGUCCGCGGUCUGCAGAGAGGGGCGAGCUCAUUCGCCACGUCCACGGCCAUGGCGACGCUGGAGCUGACCAAUCGGGUGGUCCAGUCCAUCCAGACGGCUGCGGAGUUCACGUACGACAUGCUGUCGUCCGGGCCCAGCGUGAGGAAGCUGGGACAGGGAACGUUCAUCCAGCACCGCAUGGCGCAACAGCCGGCAGACGUACGGGAGGGUGUCACUAAGGCUUACAAUGUCGUCAGGGAGGGUGUUACAGACACAGCCCACACCAUCUACCGUGUGGCAGCGGAGCAGCAUGAACAGAAGGGGGUGACGGGAGCGGUGGGAGGGGUGCUGCGACAGAUCCCCCCCACCAUGGUCAAACCGGUCAUCCUGGCCACCGAGGCCACCUCCAAUGUCAUCGGCGGCGUCCGCAACCAGUUCCUGCCGGACGCCAGACGCGAGGCGUCGGAAAAGUGGCGGUCGGAGGAGCAGAAAUAGCUUUUUGUUGUUCAAAUGUCGCUGAUGAUGUCAAUGAACCAUUGUACUGCUUUAGGUCAAGGGACUAUUAACGCUAAACAAAAAAAAACUGGAUUUAACACACCAAACUGGUGUAGUUGUCAGCUGCUGUAUGCUAUCUUCAUAAUUUACCUUUCAUUGUAUAGUUUUUAUCUGUGUCUAACAUGCGAGUUAAACUGAUAUUGGAAAUGUCUCCAUGCAGAUGUGAAAGUUAGUCUCCAAGCAGAAUUGUCAGGGGGAAGACACUAUGAAUCCAGCCAGUUAGGCAAGUUGGUUGGAUAGUGUCUUGCCCCCCAAGAAGUCUGCUUUGAGGCUAUGUCAAACUAAGGAUGGUAGUUUAGGGGAGUAAUGUGGCAUGUACAUGUAUAUCUUAUAUGAUCUUAAUAUUAUACCUUUAAAAUUUGAUUGUGACCUUCAUUGUACAGUAUCUUGAAGGGCUUUUAGGCAAUGCAAAUGCUCAUUGUUACAAUCAUCCAGUCUGUCUUCACAGUAAUUAGGCAAAAUUUCUGAGUCUGCUUUCUUGACACUGGUACAUUGUAUCUUGAUUUGCCUUGUUGGGAACAUGACGUAGGUUUUCAUGUGUUGACAAGUGCACCUAAGAGAAUAUUAUCAUGGCAAAAACAGCCCACAGUAUGUCAUUUGCGAAGUAUAUAUUAGCAUUGGUUACUUCUCUUCAUGUUUUUUUUUUACUAAAGGUGAAACAAAGAUAAAAGGCUGCGUCAAACACUGUUGAGGUACUGAGUUUUCAGUCAGAGCUGUGUCAGAUAUUGUGCAAUUGGUUAGCUUCUAGUUUGCUGCAGCCCCGUUACAGGCCCUAUGAUUGGGCUUUUUGUACUGUGGAACAUGUACAAAUGUAUAAUGUGCUCUUUUCUUUGUAGCAUAUCAACGUUAAGGAUCUUUUACAGGGCCGGCAAAAGAACCCCCGGUACAAAUAGAAGUGAUGUGGCAGAAAUAAGGGGGAAAGGGCGCAUUAUAAUAAAAAUGCUCCCAAAAAGCCCAGUCGUAGAGCCCGUGAAGGGGGCUAGCUUUGUUGCAUGCUCCUCUUGUAACGGGAUGUGUUGAAUACACUCACGCUUGUUGGAAAUCUGUGUUCUAUAUGAUCUAUUCUGUAUUGUAUACUCUAGAUGAUACAGUGCAUUUCUUAAAUCCGUUUUUGUCGAACUAGU